UUCCAUUUUUGUGACGUUUAAAUGUCAAACAAAUUAAAACUAUCAAAAUAAACCGCCAUGCAGUAUAAAAAUCUUUGCAUUGUAUUUUUUUAGCGAUACGAAAACAAAAACACUAUCAGUGUUCUGUUCAAGUGGCUUGUUUUACUUAUAUUUAGUUAAAGCAGAAGUAUUUCUGUGAAUGGCAGCUGUUUAAUAAUUAUAAUUAUUGCCAAAGACAUUGAUUCUAUCAUGGCCGAGGAAUGUUCGCAAGCUACACAAACACAAACCCAGAAUUCCCAAGUAGAGUGGAGUCAACACAAUACUCCAACAAUAAUUCCGAAUAUAUGGGGCAGGAUUUAUUCUACAAAAGGAAGACAUUGUUGGAAGGAGGUUACAAGCUCUGAAAGUCCUGGAUACUAUGACCUUAUCAAGCCGGAAUUCACCCUGGGACGAGCCCUUAAUUGUUCUUUUGUUAUGAAAAAGGACAUAAUAAAGGACGAUAUAAUAAAGAAUGUGAGCAAAUUGCACUUUGUGCUCAAAAGGGAUACCUCGGAGCCGCUGAGUCCAGCCAUUAUUACGGACCUCUCCUACAAUGGCACAUAUGUAAAUAAUGUAAAGAUUGGCAAAGGAAACAGCAGGGUUUUGGAUGACAAUGAUGAAAUUGCAAUCACACAUCCAGUAGUUAAAAUCUUUGUUUUUAAAGAUUUACUCAAAAAUGAACAAGACAAGGUACCUAAAGAGAUAUCUCAAAAGUACUAUAUCUCUAGAACACUGGGCCAAGGAGCUUGUGGUUUGGUUAAAUUAGUUGUAGACAAAACUAAAUGUGUGCAAUAUGCCAUGAAAAUAAUCAAGAAGAGCAGACUGACCAAUGGGCAUAUGAAUAAUUUGAAUGAUCCAGCAAAAAUUAUGAAUGAAAUAAACAUUAUGAAGGCUCUCAGACAUCCAUGUAUAAUAUCGACGGAAGAGGUGUAUGACUCACCAGACACAGUAUACAUCAUACUGGAGCUGAUGCAGGGAGGGGAGCUGUUUGAGAGGAUCACGAAGCACGGCCACCUGACGGAGCGGCUCACGAGGUUCAUGCUGAGGCAGAUGGUGCUCGCUGUCAGAUACUUGCACUCUAAAGGAAUCACUCAUCGAGAUCUCAAACCAGAAAACGUCCUACUAGAGGGCAAAGAAGAGGAAACCCUAGUAAAGAUCACAGACUUUGGUCUCAGCAAGUUUGUGGGUGAAGACAGCUUCAUGAAGACAAUGUGUGGCACCCCGCUGUACCUGGCUCCCGAAGUGCUGAGAGCUAACGGGACUCGCUGCUACGGGCCGGAGGUCGACGUGUGGAGCCUGGGGGUCAUAUUCUUUAUAUGCCUAGUGGGCUACCUCCCCUUCUCGGCGGACUACAAGGAGCUGUCCCUGCGCGACCAGAUCCUGUCGGGGCGGUUCCGCUUCUCGCAGGCGCACUGGCGCGGCGUUUCGCCGGCGGCCCGCCAGCUCAUGAAGCGCAUGCUGACCGUGCAGGCGGCGCGGCGGAUCACGCUCGACCAGAUACUGCAGCACCCGUGGAUGCAGGACGCCGAAGUGACAGCGCGAGUAGAAGAGCUCCUCUGCCGCAACAUACAGAGCAGAAACGUGAUGGAGCUGACCAUCUCGUCCACCACGUUCACCUCAUCCGAAGAGGACACGAGCAGCAACACCGACAACACCACCGUCAUCGCCGUGAUGGCCAAGGGCAAGCGUGCGCUCAGUGACAGCUACAGCUCGUGUGAACCCAUCCCGAAGAAGCUGCGAGUGGACAUGUUCCCCAUGGUGGUCUGUGAACCUGAUGGUGAGGACACGAGCUCCGGACACAGCGCGGCCUACUCUGUGGAGUAAGUCGCUUUUGUUUUUUUCUCAGUGCGCGCUCAGUGACAGCUACAGCUCGUGUGAACCAAUCCCGAAGAAGCUAUGAGUGGACAUGUUCCCCAUGGUGGUCUGUGAACCUGAUGGUGAGGACACGAGCUCCGGACACAGCGCGGCCUACUCUGUGGAGUAAGUCGCUUUUGUUUUUUUUCUCAGUGAUUUUGUUUUGUUUAUGGACGUCUAUGGCUAGAGGGACAGGUUUUUGCGACGAAAAUAGACUUGUUUUUCAUAUAAAGCAGCAAAUGUGCGAGCAUAAGUGUAAUGAGUAUCGAUGUUGAUCGAUGUAAGUAUGGCCGGUUCCUAUCUAACUGUUACCUCGAAAUUCUACCUCGUGUACUUAUUUAGUUUGUAAGUUGUUGAAUUAUUACUUAUUUUGGCUCUCUAAGUUGACUACCCGAUUUGGUAUGGAGAUGUAAAUUGUUAGUGGACGACAUGAGAUUGCAGUAUACGAUGGCACCGUAAUGCAACGUAAGAAAUAUAUAUUUAUUUGGACCCGUUGUAGGAUGGCUACUGCAAUGCCAUGUUGUCUGCUACCAUUUUGCAUCUUUAGGCGUUACUUAGCUUGUAACGCUUACUUAAAUCCAUUAUUUAAGUACCUACAUUCUCUACUAUCCGUGAUUCAGAGUAAAAUAUUCCCCAAUUAUUAGUAGUUAAUAUUUUAGUACAUGUUUUCCCCAAUUUUAAAUACUUACCCGUAACUAUAUUUUAAUGAUUCUGAUUUUAGUAUUACAUAUCUCAGUAUUGUAUAAGUAUGAUUAUUAAUUCUCAUGUGAUUUUAUUAUUAAGCUUUUACGAUUUGUUGAUUUAUUUGUUGUGUUUUGUAAUUUCAAUUUGACUACUGUAGAUUUUAACAUUGCAUUUUUGUAAUAAAUGUAAGUUAUAAGUACAAUGUUGAGCCACCUCAACUAAGAACCUCGUUCCAUAAUCGGAAUGGUAAAUGUUUAAAUCUGAUUUUUAUUAUCCGCCUGUUAUUAUAAUUCAAAUGUGCCAUUAUAUUAUAUCAUGUUUGGUAUAGUGCAUAGGGCUCCUAAAGCAUUUAUCGUUAAUAAAUGAGAGAACAUAAAAAGGUAUUUCAUUUCAAAAGAAAACAAGUAGUAUGAAAAAUAAUUUAUAAUUAAUAUCCCUUCAUAUUUACAAAUGUAAUUUUGUAACGUAACCUAAACAAACAUUAAAUUAUUUCAGUCUUGAUAACUUCAAAACAGCUAGUUUUAUACAUUUAUAAACACACUGCAAGCUUCUUGAUAACAUUAUUUAAUCAUUUAUAGAGUUUAUUUGUGUACUUUGUCGGCAAGAUGAUACACAUAAUUUUCGUACUCACAAAAUCAAAGUUUACUGUUAAAUCAUCAAUAAAUAGAACAAAUAAUAAAUAGUUAAUUUGCAUAUUAAAACGAGUGCCGUACAACAGAUUUAGAAACCGACAUAAAUCCAUGCAUUGACUGAUUCAUAGUUUAGAGUAACCUUAUUUCGUUGUAAACACUCCUGUAAAACUAGCGGAAAAUUAUGAUAAUGAGGCACGUUAUCUUGUUCAUUGUAUGUAAGUUCUUUAUUUGAUACCUAAGAUCUUACUAUCCAUUACAAUUUACCAUACAUCUCACACGAUCGCUAUAAUACAUACUAACAUUAUUGUACCUACAUACCCAUACAUGUAUACAUACUAACGAAUCAGUCUUCUCCGAGAGUCUCAAUCAAAUUAUUUCCAUACAAAUUGACUGGGACGCGUAGUAAGUAGGUGUAACACACGAUACUCGACUCGUUCACACACUGGUUUACAUGGUAAACCGGAUCGAGACAAUAGUUCAUGGUAAUCAUUAUUAUUCACAUCACUCUUCCGGACUACUGGUGCUGUGUUCUUGCGCGUUACUGUGGGAAGGCUCCGCAUUCUGAGUUUCAGCUUCU